CUGUAAGCCAACUCUGGUUCUACAUGACCCCUCUCACAUUCCUGGGGAUCGCGUACACAGGGGAGCGUGUUGGCCCUGCAAACAGUAACUUGAACGAUCCGGACGGAAGAAAGGUCUGCGAUUCAGGACUAGAACACGCGGGCUGGAAGCUCAGAGGUGGAGCCCCGCCCCUCAGGGCCAACUUCCUGCCUCCGUAUUGGCUCGCGUGCCCGUCAGUCUCCGCCCCUGGGUCCUGCCGGGUUUCCUCGCGACCCCUCUGCCCUCGGAUCCCACCCUCUCACUACGUUGCUUUACUGCCAGCGUCGCUGGCGACUAGCUAGCUGCUCCUGCUAGUCCGAUCCUGAGCUGGCGCUGGCUCCGAGAAGCUCCAACAAGGGGAGGGCCGGGCCGGACGAGAGCUGAUCAUUGCCUGGUAGAACGGCAGGUCCUCGGCUUCUUUGCCAGCAGCACCACCUGUCGCGGAGUGAGACCUGGGGCGAGAGGAAAGAUGCUGUCCCGGCUAAGAGCGGUCGCCGCUCCCUGCGCUCUGGCGCGCCGCCACGUCCACACGAGGGAGAAGGGCAAGCCGCUCAUGUUGAACCCACGCACAAACAAGGGAAUGGCAUUUACAUUACAAGAACGACAGAUGCUUGGUCUUCAAGGACUUCUGCCUCCCAAAAUCGAGACCCAAGACAUUCAAGCCUUACGGUUCCAUCGAAACAUGAAAAAAUUAAGUUCCCCUUUGGAAAAAUUCAUCUAUGUAAUGGGAAUACAAGAAAGAAAUGAAAAACUGUUUUAUAGAAUACUGCAAGACGAUAUCGAAAACCUGUUGCCAAUCGUGUACACACCCACAGUUGGUCUUGCCUGCUCCCAGUAUGGACAUAUCUUUAGAAGACCUAAGGGAUUAUUUAUUUCAAUCUCAGACAGAGGUCAUGUUAGAUCAAUUGUGGAUAACUGGCCAGAAAAUCAUGUUAAGGCUGUGGUGGUGACUGAUGGAGAGAGGAUUCUGGGUCUCGGAGACCUGGGUGUCUAUGGCAUGGGCAUCCCAGUGGGCAAACUCUGUCUGUACACUGCCUGUGCAGGAAUACGGCCUGACAGGUGCCUGCCCGUGUGCAUUGACGUGGGGACCGACAACCCGGCACUGUUAAAAGAUCCAUUUUACAUGGGCCUGUAUCAGGAAAGAGAUAGAUCACAACGUUAUGAUGAUCUGAUUGAUGAGUUUAUGAAAGCCAUUACUGACAGAUAUGGGCGGAACACACUUAUUCAGUUUGAAGACUUUGGAAAUCACAAUGCCUUCAGGUUCUUGAGAAAAUAUCGGGAAAAAUACUGUACCUUCAAUGAUGAUAUUCAAGGGACAGCUGCAGUAGCGCUAUCUGGUCUUCUUGCAGCGCAAAAAGUUAUUGGUAAAUCAAUUUCAGAACACAAAAUCUUAUUUCUUGGUGCGGGAGAGGCUGCUCUUGGAAUUGCCAAUCUUAUCGUCAUGGCUAUGGUAGAAAGUGGCAUCUCAGAAGAAGAGGCAAAAAAGAAAAUUUGGAUGGUUGACAAGUUCGGUUUAUUAUUUAAGGGGCGAAAAGCUAAAAUAGAGAGUCAUCAGGAACCAUAUGCUCACUCGGCCCCUGAGAACCUACCUGAUACUUUUGAAGAUGCAGUGAAUGUACUUAAACCUUCAGCUAUAAUCGGAGUUGCAGGAGCUGGCCGACUGUUCACUCCUGGUGUAAUCAAAGCCAUGGCUGAUAUCAACGAAAGGCCUAUAAUAUUUGCAUUAAGUAACCCUACAGCAAAGGCUGAGUGCACGGCCGAAGAAGCGUAUACCCUUACACAGGGAAGGUGUCUGUUUGCCAGCGGCAGCCCGUUUGGGCCGGUGCAGCUGAGUGAUGGGCAGCUCUUCACGCCAGGUCAAGGAAACAACGUGUAUAUUUUUCCAGGUGUGGCUUUAGCUGUUAUUCUCUGCAACACCCGGCAUAUUAGUGACCAUGUUUUCCUAGAAGCUGCAAAGGCACUGACGAAUCAACUGACGGAUGAAGAGCUGGCUCAAGGGAGACUUUACCCACCUCUUGCUAAUAUUCAGAAAGUUUCUAUUAACAUUGCUAUUAAAGUUACAGAAUACCUGUAUGCUAACAAAAUGGCCUUCCGAUACCCAGAACCCGAGGACAAGGCCAAGUACGUUAGAGAGAGAAUAUGGCGAAGUGAAUACGACUCCAUGCUGCCCGACGUGUACGAAUGGCCGUCCUCGGCAAGCCCUCCCCCACUAGCCGAAUAGAAGCGGCCACCCAUAAAUACUGUCCAGGCUUCAGGAAACCCCUUUUUUCAGACAAAAAUAUAAUGUUCUCAAAUGUGUGGGGUUUUUUCUGUGUUUUAUUCUCCCCCACUGCUUUGUUUGACUUGUUUUUCCCCCAUGAAUCUUCUGUAGGGGGCGGAUGUGUUGAGCACAUUGUUAGCGCCCACCAGCACCCUGCUGUCAGAUAGUCACAAUGCUUGCAUUCCGAUUUGUAGCUCGUACCACGUGAAAGGGAUGUUACAAAUGUAUUUGCAGAUGUCUUCACCUGUGCUCUUGUUCACACUUGCCAAAACGUUCGCUCUUUACUGUUGUCGGCAAUAACCUCUCACCCCAUCCUUCUAGGGCUACCAAAGUACGAACUUCUGUGGAGAAGAGCAGAGAACUUUGAGAAAAAGCCAAAUCUAACCAAAUUCUAAGGACAAAUUGUCUAUCGAAAAUGUUCUUUUGUUUGUUCUUCAUGCCCUGAAAUUCCUUUCUGGUGUAAAGAUCCAGAGAAAUAAUGAAAAAUCUACCCUAUUAUUUAUUUGUUAGACUGAAUUAAGGCUUAACUACGGCAUUGUGAGAGAGAAAUGGGAACUCCUGCUGCCUUUAGAUGAAUUAAAUAAUAUCAUUUCGACAGUGUAUAAAAAUCAGUGUAACUUUUUUAUUUAAUAAAGGUAAUAACUUAAAUUUAA